GUGGCGGCUUCCAAUCUUUGGCCGGGUUUCGGCGGCUUCUGCUCUCGGGCAGGAGGCAGUGACGGCCCAGGAGACUGUGGCAUAGGCAGCGGCGGCCGGCGGCAGUGAGGAGUCCGAGGUUAUGCGUCUCAAUGAUCCCGCGGAAACGCUACGGAUCUAAGAACACGGAUCAGGGUGUCUACCUGGGUCUCUCAAAGACACAGGUCCUGUCCCCUGCAACUGCUGGCAGUGGCAGCAGCGACAUCGCCCCUCUGCCCCCCCCAGUGGCCCUAGUCCCUCCCCCUCCCGACGCCAUGUCCUGCCGGGACCGGACCCAAGAGUUCCUGUCUGCUUGCAAGUCCCUGCAGAGCCGUCAGAAUGGAAUCCAAACGAACAAGCCAGCUCUGCGUGCUGUCCGGCAGCGCAGUGAAUUCACCCUCAUGGCCAAGCGCAUUGGGAAAGAUCUCAGCAACACAUUUGCCAAGCUGGAGAAGCUGACAAUCUUGGCAAAGCGCAAGUCCCUCUUUGAUGAUAAAGCAGUGGAAAUCGAGGAGCUGACAUACAUCAUCAAACAGGACAUCAAUAGCCUUAACAAACAAAUUGCCCAGCUUCAGGAUUUUGUGAGGGCCAAGGGCAGCCAGAGUGGCCGACACUUGCAGACCCAUUCCAACACCAUUGUGGUCUCUUUGCAGUCCAAAUUGGCCUCCAUGUCCAAUGACUUCAAAUCGGUUUUAGAAGUGAGGACAGAGAAUCUGAAGCAGCAGAAGAGCCGGCGGGAACAGUUCUCUCGGGCACCUGUGUCAGCUCUGACCCUUGCCCCCAACCACCUGGCGGGUGGUGCUGUGGUUUUGGGAGCGGAGUCCCGUGCCUCUGGGGAUGUGGCCAUUGAUAUGGCAGACUCUCGGACUAGCCAGCAGCUGCAGCUCAUUGACGAGCAGGAUUCCUAUAUCCAGAGUCGAGCAGACACCAUGCAGAACAUUGAGUCUACAAUUGUUGAGCUGGGCAGCAUCUUUCAGCAAUUGGCACACAUGGUUAAGGAACAGGAGGAAACCAUUCAGAGGAUCGACGAGAACGUGCUAGGAGCCCAGCUGGAUGUUGAGGCCGCCCACUCAGAGAUCCUCAAGUACUUCCAGUCAGUCACCUCCAAUCGGUGGCUCAUGGUCAAAAUCUUCCUCAUCCUCAUUGUCUUCUUCAUCAUCUUUGUGGUCUUCCUUGCCUGAGCCCUCUCUACUCUUAAGGCACUCCAUGGGCGUUUGGAGCCCUCCCGGGAAGGCAGGUGGCCAGUGCUGCCACUGAGCCUGUGCAGGGUGCUUGGGAGAAAGGCCCUGUUUCCCUGGAACUGCUAAGAAUGGCCACUGCCCCUUGACAACGUCCCCCCACCCCCCACCCAUCUUGCCUCUGGCUACCCUGUCCAUCCUCACCAUCCUCAACCCACAAAACACACACGGUUCUGGAUUUGGACUCUGCUGUGAAGUGACUAGAAGGGAGCAAAGGCCAGCUGGGGGCCAGUGGGAGAGGCUGUCUCUACUAUGAGUUUUUCUAAAUCCUUCCCAGCCUCUCCUAAAGGAAACUUUGGCAGCAAGGGGAAAUGAUGCCCUUCCCCCCACCUUCCUGAGAGUGAGGAGAGGAAGAGAAACUGUCCCAGGGACCAACUUUCCCAUCUGGGUUAGAACUUGACCUCUUUCUUCUUCCUUUCUUCACCAUGUGAGGCUGGGGGUCCUGAGCCCCUCGGCUGCCUGCACAAACCCCAACAUGGCUGCUCGUGACUCUCAAUCUGCCAAAUGCACUGCAGCCCAUUUUCUCCCAAUUACAGCAAGACUGUCAGCCUCAAUAGCCAUGUUGUCAUUUCUGGGUGGGAGCGUCGAAGGGCCUAGGCAGCAAGUGGGUGAGACCACUGCCCAGUACCAAAACUGAAAGGGUUGCGCUGAUGGCUCCAAGGGGCCCCAAGGCCAACUGUGGCAGCCUCUGAGCUCUGUACACACAGCCGCCUCCAGGGAGCAGAGAACCAAAUGCAACAGCACCUCAUUUGCAUGAAACUUCUUUCAAAAGGAGGAGCUGGAUCCCAGAGUGGGUGAUUGGUGGCCAACUCUGAGACCAUCUCGAACAGUGUGUGGACUGAUUCCAUCUGCAUCCUCCAACCAGUUGACCUCAGUUCUUCUCUGAGCUGGUUGAGGCAGGAGCUCUGCCUGCUGUCAGUACCAAAUAAUGAAGUGCUAUAUGCCCUGCUCCAGCUGAGGCUCUGUGUUUUCUCCAAGCCCUCGCCAAAUUGAAGCCAGUCAAAGAACAGAGGAGAAAACUGCCAGUAUACCCAUCCUCCAGGGAGGUUGAUAGGCUGCUUUGACCUUCCUGACCAGAACCCACAACCACACCAUUCUGAGAUCACUGGAGUCCGUCUUUCAGACAUCCCAAAGGAAACUCGAGCUAUAGAGACUCCAGUCAUCCUACUCAGGAUCUGUCCUAGUACCUUGGGGCCUAGGGGAGCCCAUGGCUUUUUUCACCCUGGCAUUUUAAGAAUUCCUUGCCCCUUGGCCUCUUUUUAAGGGGCCCUGGCGGCACAGUGGUUAAGCACUCAGCUGCUAACUGAAAGAUCGGCAGUUCGAACCCACCAGCUGUUGCGCAGGAGAAAGAUGUGGCGGUCUGCCUCUGUUAAGAUGACAGCCUUGGAAACCCAAUGGGGCAGUUCUGUCCUAUAGGGUUAGUAUGAGUCAGAAUCGAGUCACAGCGGUGAGUUUGGUUUUGGCUGUGGCCUCUCUUAAGCAAGUGGUCUUGCUUGCACCUUCGUUGUCUGCCCAGUUGACAUAUGACGUGGGCCUAGCACAGUGCGUAGUGGUUGGGGACAUUUGUGAAGUGUUUGCUAAAGCCCGGCAUACACGUAGCCUCAUUUGACUUGGUAACUCUUCCAGGAGAGGGAUGCUUAGAAGGGAAAUUUACUUCACAAAUAUUUGAGUUCCUGCUGUGUGCCAGGCAUGGUACUGGGCCAGGAGUUGGAGGGAAAAAAAGCAUGAAUUAAGUCAUGGUCCCUGCUGUCAUUCAUUCAUGUGUUCUCAUUAGAUUCCGGUGUUCAAUUUCGUGGUUAUGAACACAUUUUAUGGGUGAGAAAAACCAGGCUCAAGGUCCCUGCUGGUAAGGGGAUGGGCUAAAACUUCGUCAAAUGGCUGGAUCCUGCUAGGUGUCCGUGAGAGAGAAAUCCCACUCCGGGGUCCGGUCUCCAGUUCCUCGGAAGCCCUUGGCGCGACCCUUCUUCCCCAUUUCUCUCCGAGUCCUGGGCUGGAGCAGCCUCGAGGCCGUUGGUCUGUUCGCUGCUCCCGCGCUAACUCGAGCAGGACGGAUUAACUCAAUAAACAGGGUACUCGCGGGCUUCGCUGUGCUUCAUUACCAAUCUAGGGCGCAAUUUCACCUGCGUUCGACAUGAACCCCAGAUGAAACUGUGCACUACAGAUUAGUACGCAAAGUUAACCCCGUGCAUACCGUGCUUACCGGUUAACCCGCCACUGCCCCGGAGGUGCCGGAGGAGCGCC